AUGCCGGAUCCGCCACGGCGCAUUAUCAUGGAGAAAUCCAGUACUGUUAAACGCCGGUGGCAGCGCAGCAAUCAACGAUUCGAGUUCACGCCGGCCGAGAUCGCGCGACUAGACCGCGAUGAAGCACGAGCAAAGAAAGCGAAGCAGCUCCGCGAGAAGGAAAAGAAACGCAUCGCUAAUAAGAAACGAAAAGCUGAGCAAGAGGCACGCGCUCGCGAGGAGCGGCGUCGCGGCAUCGCCCAUCAGGAUGCACCCCGCCCUCCAUCGAGCCAGCCACUACUUUCAAUGUUCCUGGGGGCAGGGAAAUCCACAUCUGCUGCGCCUGAGCCUGCGCCUGCCCCCGCUCCUACACAUACAACUACCGAGACAGAGCCGCAUGGAACUAAAGAGGACACGGACCCCGGGAAUGCGUCUGGCGAUACGGAAGCCGAAUCAGACGCGUUCGAUGACUUGGAUGAAGAAUUGGAACUAGAGGAAAAUGGAUUACCUGAAAUGGGCGCGGGGAUUGUGGAUUCCACAAAAUCCGCGACUACGGAGAAAGCUAGUAUUCCUGACGACGAUGAGUUUUCGGACUGUUCGGUCUUUGACGAUAUCAUCAACCAAGCUGAGGCGACGGCUUCACGAACGACUGGCGGAAAGGAUGAGGAUUCAAAUAACCCUGCCUUGCCUGAGCCACCUAUUGCCCAGGUUCCCUCCGAGCGACCGGGAACUGUCCCAUCAUUAUCUCUAGAAUCCUCGUUUGGGGAUUCCUUGGGUUACGAUGCCGCAGAUUUCCUCGAAGCCGAGGAAGCCAUCACACGUGCCCACGAGAGUAAAGCUCCGCUGCAAGCAACUUCAUUCCUGCAGCCUUUAGAGCAACCGCGCCAUGUGCCUGCAUUGGCAUCUUUUGGAGAUUCCUUCCGAGACGAGACUGCCGAUUGGAUUGAAGAGGCAUAUGCAUGCGGCAGCGGUGAUCUUUUCGUCUCUGGCAAGACAUCACAGUGA